AUGUCCUGCCAGCAGAACCAGCAGCAGUGCCAGCCCCCACCCAAGUGCCCAGCACCCAAGUGCCUCACACCCAAAGGCCCCACACCCAAGUGCCCCUCCAAGAGCCCAGCACAGUGCUUGCCUCUGGCCUCCUCGGGCUGUGCGCUCAGCUCCGGGGGCUGCCAUGGCCCCAGCUCUGGGGCUGGCUGCUGCCUGAGCUCCCACGGGGGCCAUAGGUCCCAUGGGUGCAGGCGCCAGAGCUCUGGCUCCUGUGGUGCUAGUGGGCAGCAGUUGGGGGGCUCCGGCUGUGGUUCUGGGGGCUGCUGCUGA